UUCUCUCAUCACUGAUCACUUCACAGUUGAGUUAUCUGCAAUGGCUACCCUGCAGAAAUCUGCCAGCUCUUUCCUUGUGGGGACUCUGGCCACCAGCUACCUCUUCCUCAUUGCCCUCUCAGUGCAGGGCGGAACAGCUGCACCCAUCGGUUCUCAAUGCAGGCUUGACAAGGGUGACAUCGUCUCGGGGUAUAUCAACAACAUUACCUACAAGCUGGCCGACGAGGCUAGUUUGAUGGAUAACAACACAGAUGUUCAGCUCUUUGGAGCAAACCUGUUCCAAGGAGUCAGUCAGAUGACAGAGCAGUGCUACUUGAUGAAGCAGGUGCUGAAAUUUACCCUUGCAGAAGUGCUGUUGCCCCAAUCAUACAGAUUCCAGCCCUACAUGAAGGAGAUGGUGGGCAUCCUGGACCUGAUCAGCAACAAGCUAAACCAAUGCCACAUUGAGAGUGACAACCAGCAUAUCCAGAGAAAAGUGCAGGAGCUGAAGGACACAGUGAGAAAGCUUGGGGAGAGUGGCGAGAUCAAGGUAAUUAGCGAAGUGAAUUUCCUGCUCGACAGACUGAAAGAGGCUUGCCUUCGAUCAGAGGAAAGCUGGAAAAUGAAUAACUAACCCUUCUUGCCUGUUAGGAAAAACAAUAAGAUCCCCAAAGGUUUAUCUUUUACCAAAUGGAAAAUGGGAAGUUAAACUUCACAAUGAUGGGUGGAUUCUAAAUAAGUGUCUACUGAGUGUAAAAAAAGAAAA